AAUGCAGGAGCACAGAGCGGCCUUCACAGUGGAGAUGUUUCAGAUUACAACCGUGAUGUGCUAGUUAUCAGACACAAUGCUCUAACCUCAACUUUUAUACCCACCAAAUUCUUAUUCUGAAUAAUUUGAUCAUUACAAUCAGUAGCAAAUGACAGAAUACGUCCCACAUUUCUCCUGUCACAUGUAGAUGUAGGAAAAGCUCAGGUAAAUAUAAAGUCUGAAUUCAGGUUGUAGACCGUUGAUCAUUUGGAUCCCCCUUUACAUUGAUUACAUAUUUAAAGUUUCAUUACUGAUCGUUAACGCCACCACUAGAAAUAUGCCAUGAGAAGAAGGGCAUCAAUAGAUAUUAUAUAUAGUCUAUGAAUACAUUAACGUAAUGUUAUGUGUUCAAAUGUAGUCUUGUAAAAUGUGUUAUUUGGCGAGGUACAAAAUAGAAAACUAAUGUCAAGCAUAAUAUACAAUUAAAACUACUUAAACCUACUUAUUUUUAUCCGUAACACUUAUUUGGUAAUUAUUUGAAUGAUUUAUUUGAUGCAAAUAAUCACCAAUGGUCGCAGUAAAUUGGCUGUUUUAUUUUUUUCAUCACUCACCCAUUGACAUCCAUUAAUGCACUGAUGGCAGGAACGACCACACACGGUGACACCUGCCAAUCACCAACUCACAUUCAGCAAGAUUUGACUUUUAAGUACAAGUACUAGAAUUCAUUCGAAUAUCUACCGAUAGAAGAUCGAUUUCGUUAUUAUUCUUUGGGGAGUAUUUCCUGUGCCGAUGUGGGUUUCGGGACAGAGGAUGUCGCAUGUGUACAGACCCCUCGAUUUUGGGCUAUACAAAAUAAAAUGAAUUAUUAAGUUUGUAACUGAUAUUGUGUUUUAGAUACACAAGACGUGAGAACAAACUGCUGUUAGUUAUAAAUUAGAGAUACUUUAUACUUAAUUUUAUGAACAGAAAUGGAUCAAAGUGAGCUCAAGGAGACGAGUUAUGGACCUAAAAUAUCACUUUCUACUUUUCUCUCCGCAACAUUGCAAAUGUUGAGAAUAAAUACUUUCAAUUUGCUUUUGUGUGAUUAAGAACUAACUUAGCAUUUUUGAGUUUUAUGAAGCAGGAGGAAGCAGCAUUAAGCUGCAGGAGAACAUGGUGUGUGGUGACAUUCAGCUACUAGUGUGGACAUAUUCUGUAACAUCGUGGAUGACUGACUGAAUUCAAGUGUGGGGAAAAGGGAAGGAAACUAAGGAACGACAGGAAGUGGAAAGCUGUGUGGCCAGCAAAACAUAUAACAACAUAAGAGCAUCUCCUUUGGCCAGAACCCCGUGCUGUUGGCUGCAGAGACUGAAGUGGGUUUCAGGCCGGGCCCUUCAGCAACGACGGGAAAAGGAGAGACACGCAGGAAGAAAUAAAGGAAGUAAAAAUACAGAGUGCGUGGAGCGAUGUCCUAUCAGCUUUGUCCGUCAGUCUACCUUAUCAACGCAUUAGCUGGCGAGAGGACAACAUCCCAGGGCUGUAACGGGUCAACUUGUUGGGAGGAGGGCCUGAUAAGGACGCUCAGCACCCACACGUCCCCCCAGUGACACUGAUCCUCUGAUGCAGAAAGCCACCACAACCUCCACCAGAUCUUCAGAGAGCUUCUAGUCGCCAGACCACAAGAGAGCCGUCAUGUUGAGUAAAGACCUUCAAGACAUUGAGAGCCUCCUGGCUCUCAAUCCCAGGGUCAAGACUUGUGCAGAGGUCAUGUCCACAGCGAGCAAGAAGAAGGAGAAGAAACACUGGAAGAGAAACCCUGAGAAGCAGUGUGAUUCUCGUGUGAAGCUGGAGAACAACUUUGAUGAUAUCAAGCACACGACGCUGAGCGAGCGCGGCGCCCUACGAGAAGCUCUGAGGUGUCUCAAGUGUGCGGAUGCCCCCUGUCAGAAGAGCUGCCCCACGAACAUUGACAUAAAGUCAUUUAUCACCAGCAUCUCGAAUAAGAACUACUACGGGUCAGCCCGGGCCAUCCUGUCUGACAACCCGCUGGGUCUGACCUGUGGAAUGGUGUGUCCCACGUCAGAGCUGUGCGUGGGGGGCUGCAACUUGUACGCGUCCGAAGAGGGACCCAUCAACAUCGGAGGGCUUCAGCAGUUUGCUACCGAGGUGUUUAGCAAGAUGGGCAUCCCUCAAAUUAGGAAUCCGGAGCUCCCACCAGCCGACGAGAUGCCAGAGUCUUACCACGCUCCUAUCGCUCUGAUUGGUUGUGGCCCAGCGUCAAUCAGCUGUGCCUCCUUCCUGGCCCGUCUCGGAUAUGACAAUAUUACAAUAUUUGAGAAACAGAAGUACAUUGGAGGGCUGAGCACGUCGGAAAUCCCUCAGUUCCGGCUUCCCUUCGACGUGGUCCAGUUUGAAAUAGAACUGAUGAAGGACUUGGGAGUGAAGGUAGUGUGUGAAAAGGGGCUCGGUGUUGAUGGGAUGACUUUGACGUCCCUGAAAGAGGAAGGAUUUAAGGCUGUGUUCAUUGGGAUUGGUCUCCCUCAGGCCAACAGAGCUCAAAUCUUCCAGGGUCUAACUAUGGAUCAAGGCUUCUUCACCUCCAAAGACUUCCUGCCCAUGGUGGCCUCUGCCAGCAAGACAGGGAUGUGUCAGUGCCGCUCCUCUCUGCCAGAGUUAAGAGGCAUCGUGGUAGUUUUGGGGGCCGGCGACACCGCGUUCGACUGCGCCACCUCGGCUCUCCGCUGCGGGGCCAAGAGGGUCUACGUCUGCUUCCGGAAGGGUUUUAAUAACAUCAGGGCUGUUCCCGAAGAGAUGGAGUUGGCUAAAGAGGAGAAGUGUGAGUUCCUGCCCUUCCUAUCUCCUCGUGAGGUCAUCAUGAAGAACGGGCGGGUUGCCGGGUUACAGCUAUGUCGCACCGAGCAGACCGAAGAAGGGGAUUGGCUGGAGGAUGAGGAGCAAGUCGUCAGGCUGAAGGCUGAUUACCUCAUCAGUGCCUUCGGUUCCAUGCUCAACGAGCCCCAAGUGAGUGAGGCCAUGGCUCCUGUGAAGAUGAACCGCUGGGGCACUCCAGAGGUGAACACGGACACCAUGCAGACCAGUGAGCGCUGGGUGUUUGCAGGAGGAGACAUCGCCGGCUUGGCGAACACCACGGUGGAGUCGGUGAACGAUGGUAAACAGGCUUCGUGGCACAUUCACAGAUACAUGCAGUCUCUGCAUGGACAGACAGUGGACCCAGUGCCAAAGCUGCCCCUGUUUUACAGCGCUAUAGAUCAGGUGGACAUCAGCGUUGAGGUGUGUGGAAUAAAGUUUCCCAACCCGUUUGGCCUGGCGUCUGCUCCUCCCACCACCAGCACCGCCAUGAUCCGCAGAGCCUUCGAGCAGGGAUGGGGCUUUGCUCUGACCAAGACGUUUGGACUGAAUAAGGAUCUGGUGACCAACGUGUCUCCUCGCAUUGUGCGCGGCACCACCUCGGGUCACAUCUACGGCCCAGGCCAGGGCUCCUUCCUCAACAUCGAGCUCAUCAGCGAGAAGACGGCAGCCUACUGGUGUCAGUCGGUCACGGAGCUGAAGAAGGACUUCCCUCACAACGUGGUGAUCUCCAGUAUCAUGUGCAGUUACAACAAGGACGAUUGGACAGAACUAGCCACGAUGGCACAGGAAUCAGGGGCUGAUGCCUUGGAGCUGAACCUGUCUUGUCCUCACGGGAUGGGAGAGAGAGGCAUGGGACUGGCCUGUGGACAGGAUCCGGUGUUGGUGCGUAACAUCUGUCGAUGGGUGCGUGCAGCCACUUCCAUUCCCUUCUUUGCCAAACUGACACCAAACGUUACCAACAUCGUCGACAUUGCCAAGGCGGCUCAUGAAGGUGGAGCAGAUGGAGUAACAGCUACCAACACAGUGUCGGGUAUGAUGGGGCUGAAGGCCGACGGCUCCCCCUGGCCGAGUGUUGGGACGGGCAAACGCACCACGUAUGGAGGGGUCUCUGGUAAUGCCAUCAGACCCAUUGCUCUCAGAGCAGUGUCCGCCAUCGCCAGAGCAAUUCCUGGCUUCCCAGUCCUGGCCACCGGAGGCAUCGACUCGGCAGAGAGCGGCCUACAGUUCCUCCACGCCGGGGCGUCAGUGUUACAGGUGUGCAGUGCAGUACAGAACCAGGACUUCACAGUGAUCGAGGAUUACUGUGUGGGUCUGAAGGCCUUGUUGUACCUAAAGAGCCUGGAGCUGAAGGACUGGGACGGCCAGUCUCCUCCGACAGAGAGACACCAGAAGGGGAAACCAGUUCCCAGACUGGUGGACCUGGUGGGAAAGAGCCUCCCGAGCUUUGGGCCGUACCUCCAGCAGAGGACAGACGCCAUCGCAGAGUACAAGAAAAAGCUCCGAAACGUAGAAACAGACGUGAAGGACGUCGGCAUCGGCCGCGUCAACGAGGCAAAAAAAACUGUCCCCGCGGUCAAGGACGUGAUAGCCAGAGCGCUGCGCCACAUCGGAGCGUACCAGGAGCUCAACAACAUGGAGCAGGUCCAGGCUGUCAUAGAUGAGGAGAUGUGUAUCAACUGUGGAAAAUGUUACAUGACCUGCAACGACUCUGGAUACCAGGCCAUAACGUUUGACCCAGAGACCCACCUGCCCAGGGUGACCGACAGCUGCACGGGCUGCACUCUGUGCCUCAGCGUCUGUCCAAUCAUUGACUGCAUCAAGAUGGUUACCAUGGCGAAACCCUACAUACCCAAGAGGGGUGUGCCCAUCAGCCCGGUCUUCUGAAGGGAGAGACAUAUUUAAUCUAAACUGAUGUUAUGAAGUUGGGUUUUACGAUUAGAUUCAUCUGCCACAUGAGCUUUAUCUCAUUUGUGUUGUUCCAUUUUUGCAGAUAACUGGGAGGAGUUCAGAUGUGGUGGAAACAUGACAUAUGUGUUUAUCUACUUGAUGGGAGUAAUGUUUGGAUUUAUGAGACAUUUAGAAUUUAACCAAUUUAACCAUUACAAGAUCAGAAUUUACAAUUUAUCCAAAUAAACAUGUCAAUGAUUUCAUUGUAAUUCUGACUCAAAUUGCAGUAUUAAUUUGUUCAGCGUUGUCGCAUCCUCUUGCGAAUACUUCAUGUUCAAUGUGAUGAUUUUAAAUUCCAAUGGGCAUGUAUGUUUUGUUGGUUAAAAUACUGACAGCUAAACGGUGUAAAAGUGUGUCUGUGUUUCACAGUCUGUAGCUGCCGUUGUCUGAAAAACACCGAUGUUGCGUUCACGUGAAAUUCGCCUUGCCAGCUUUGUGCUGCAUUCGAAGUUGUUGUAAAAGUACCCUUUUCCCAUUGUUUUAGUUAUAUGUCAUUGUUAUUACAUUAUUAUUAAUUCAUUUAAUUUUGAGCUGAGUAUCGUUUCUUUUUUUUACUAACUAUAAUAUAUAUACUAUAUAUAAAAACAUUUUUGUGUUAGCACCCGGAAAAUGUUGUGUUCCUCCUUUUUUUUUUCUGUGUCAAGGGUAAAUUGUGCCUUUGUUAUACCAUGGCUGUUGUUGGGUGAAAUUAUAGAUGUAUUGGUCAAUUGGUCACUAACCUGAUGAAGUUGUUAACAAAUAAAUAAAAUAUGUGCCU